AUGCUGAUGGACGCCUACCGUGAUGAGCGAUCCGGAAUCCACAUCGCGUACAGGACCAGUGGUCAUCUUCUUAACAGCCGGCGCAUGCAGGCCUCCGCGCGUCUCUUCACGAUUACUGUUCACGACCUGCUCUUCGCGGUUGACUGCGCAUUUAACAACAUAUCAGAAAGUGACGUGGACCGGAGCAUGGAACUCUUCGCUGUCGGGUGCGUCAACUUCGGGUUGACUAUCAACACGGACGAAACGGUGGUCAUGCAAAAACUGCCACCGAACGUGGCAUGCAGUGUUACUUGCAUCCACGUCAACGGAACCCAACAGAAGACCGUGUACAAUUUCGCCUACUUAGGCAGCAUACUUUCAUGAUGCACCAAAAUCGUCGAUGAAGUGGCUCACCGGACCUCCAAAGCCAGAUAAGACUUCGGUCGGCUGCAGAACUUCGUAUGCGAUCGCUACGGUCUCCAUCUGAAAAUCAAACUGAAGAUGAAUAAAGCUGUCAUCCUGCCAACGCUACUGUUUAUAGUGGAGACCUGGACAGUCUACAAGAGACAAGCGCGAAAACUGAAUCACUUCCACCUCAGUUGUCCCCGCCGGAUAUUAAAACUGAGAUGGCAGGACAGGUUCCCCGACACGGAGGUUCUGGAACGGACCAGAGUCCUCAGCAUCUACGCCAUGCUGAGGCAAUUGUAACUACGUCGGAGGGGUCAUUCCACGAGGAUAGAUGACGCUCAUCUACGAAGACAGUUCUUCUAUGGAGAUGUUGCCAAAGGUGUUCGCCGACAAGUAGGUCAAAUCCGUUGUUACAAAGACACCUUAAAGAACUACUUGACGCGUUUACAAAUCAACCUAAAGACCUGAGAAUACCUCGCACAUAACCGACUGGACGAUAGGAAAGCAGCGAAGACUGGAGCACCCAUCUAUGAACCAACCGGGUCGCCGCUGCCGAAGAUAAAAAAUAGGCUCGCAAGUCUCAGACGCCCCUGAUCCACAACGCCAACCCCCAAACCCUCUCGCCGUACCCACUGCGUCAGCGAACACUUUGCGCGUGGGACCAGCCUCGUUGGACUUCUCCGGACCCAGCGCACCAACCACCCGACAACCAAAACUGCUGUCUCCACUACCGCCCCCUCCAUCAAACUCCGUGGCGUCCACGAUGACGCUCAUCCUGACCACCGAUGCUCAACAUCACCGUGCCGAGCCGUGCCGCCGUCGAUCAUCGCCAUCCCCAUCAUUUCUGCCGAAACCUCAGUGACGACGACAACCACAACCGGACGAAACGCUCCCGACGUCUCGCCAACCACCACCCUCACCAUCACACUCCCGCAUCCGGCAAUGUGGAUUCGAUCCCAAACUGUCCUCAUUGCGACCGCACAUUCACCUCGCGCACCGGCCUAG